UUCAACAUCAAGGACGGCAAGCCCUACCAUGCAGCAUGCCACCGCCAGCUCUUCCACCCCAAGUGUGCCGUCUGCCAGGACUUCAUCCGCCCGAACCCAGCAGGCAUGAUCAACUUCCGCUCGCACCCCUUCUGGGGCGACAAGUGGUGCCCCGCCCACAUGACAGACAGCACUCCCUCCUGCACCUCCUGCUGCCGCCUGCAGUCCCGCGGUGCCCCGCCCUUCAUCGACCUGCCGGACGGGCGGCAUCUCUGUCUUGACUGCGUUGACUCCGCCGUGCUAGACUCCGCCGACUGCCGCCCGCUGUUUUCGUCCGUUAGCGCCUUCUUUGCCCAGCUGGGGAUGCCAGUGAGGCAGCAGAUUCCGGUGCUGGCAGUGGAGCAGCAAGCGUUGAACGAUGCCCAGAGGGCAGAAAGGGAGGGCCAUGAGCACGGGUCGCUCACAAGAGGUCUCUGCCUGUCGGAAGAGCAGACCAUCCAAAUGGUGGUGCGUUUGCCAGGCUCGCUCUCGCACGCCUCCUCCUUCUCUGCACUGGGCCAGCAGACCAUGACAGUGUCCCGCCACUGCGCUGUCACCGCUAUCCUCGUGCUCUAUGGGCUGCCCAGAGUACUGACAGCGUCCAUUCUGGCACAUGAGCUCAUGCACGCCUGGUUCAAGCUCGACG